UGUGUGCGCCGAAAGUCAAAACACAGGAGCAUGGCGGCGGCCCAGAGGGACCUGACGCUGCAAUGGAACGUUAUCCGCAACUCCUUCUGCCUCGACGGGAACUUCUCGGAGGAAGGAGGAACCGGCGAGGACCUUGACCUGGUGCUGCGCUUGGUCAACCAGCACAGCGCCGGCCAGACCGUGCUGGACCUGGCCCUGGACGCCAUCUGGGGCAUCCUCAGACGCUCCAUUAGCCCGAGAUUCUGGAGCCACUUCACAACCUACAACAUCACAGCCAACAGCAACAAGGAUGAGGAGGGCAGUGUGGAGGUCAUGUCCCGGGUCUCCACAGCUGUCGGGGAACUCUACAGCAGUGCCACGGCCUUCCUGCCACAGAUACACAGGUGUGAGAUGCUGUGUGAGAGGACAGGUGCCAGGUAUGAGGAGUAUAUGCCGGGGGGCCUCUUGGAGCACUUCAAGCUGCACCUGCGAGCCACACUGCAUAGCCAAAUGCCCGCCUCCUUCACGCUCCUCUUCCAGAAAUUCUACGCAGCUGCCUUCAAGGUCUUCUACCACACGGAGGUUGGGGGUCAGGGCGAGGAGUCGGAGGAGGCGACUGAGGAGCCCAUCCAAUGUGGUGGGUGUGAGGCGCCCUCCGACGCAUGCCACUGCCAGGCCAUCACCAACACAUUCACGCAGGUCAACAGACAGUUGUUGGAGCUGGACCUGCUGGAGAGGCUGGCGGGGGACAUGAUCGCCUCGCAGCUGCUCAACACCAUCACCUCCCACGUCGCCACCACCUGCCGGGACUCCUACGACCAGUCACGCAUCACACAGCUCGAGAAGUGGGUGGAGAAUGUGGUGGUAGGGUGGCUGGAGGUGGUGUACUGCGGUGGUCGGGGAAAGCUGUCAUCCGCUGAGGCUCCCGUCCAGACCAUGGUAGCCGAGAACUUACACCAGACCUACAUGACGGCCCUCUACCACACCUAUACCACCACCAGGAUAGACCAGCUCUUCAAUAUUGUUAUCGAGUACCCAGAGUCACAGCCAGCCCUUGAGGACAUCCGUGAGUGCCUGGAUCGCACGCACCUCAGAGACCGCCUUGUGGAAUCCCUGCGCUCUGCUUUCCAGACCCGCCUCCUCCACCCUGGCGUCAACACAACAGAUGUCCUCCACGCCUACAUAUCUGCCAUCAAGGCCCUCAGAGUGCUGGAUCCCAAGGGUGUGCUGCUGGAGCUUGUGUCUGAGCCAGUGAGGCAGUACUUGAGGGGCCGCGAGGACACCGUGCGCUACAUCGUGACAAGCCUGACGGACGAGUUCUGCUCCGAGCUGUCUGAGGAGCUCCUGGUGGCUACUCCGCUGGUGCUGGACGACUCCCACAGCGAUGAGGACAGCAUGGAGCAUUGGGACACCUGGACGCCUGACCCUGUCCACGCACACACACUGAAAUCCAAGUCGCAGCGCACGGCCGACAUCAUCUCCAUGCUUGUCAACAUCUACGGCAGCAAGGACGUCUUCAUCACUGAGUACCGCACCAUCCUGGCCGACCGCAUCCUCUCACAGUUCAGCUACGACACGGAGAGGGAGAUACGCUACCUGGAGCAUCUCAAAGUGAGGUUCGGGGAGACACUCGCUCUACUCCACAAGUGCGAGGUGAUGGUGAAGGACGUGGCGGACUCCAAACGCAUCAACCAGUCCAUCAACUCCGACGAGAACCCGCGACGAGAGAAGCAGAAGUUCCCGGUGUCAUGCAUGAUCCUGUCCGCUCAAUUCUGGCCGUCAUUCAAGGAGGAAAGACUUCAGCUCCCGGACGAGGUGCUGAAGGAGCUUGAGACCUACACCGAGGCUUUCCAGGAGCUUAAAGGGAACAGGACGCUUAGCUGGAAACAUCAUCUUGGUCAGGUUCAGUUGGAGGUGGAGCUCAAGCAUCGCACUCUCUCAGUCUCCGUCACCCCCACGCAGGCCACCAUCAUCUUCCACUUCCAGGACCGCAAGCGCUGGACCAUCGAUGAGCUGAGCACCGCCACGCAGGUCCCCAAGACGGUGCUGCGCCGCAAGAUUACCUUCUGGCAGACACAGGGAGUGUUGCAGGAGGUGGAGUCUGACGUCUUUGUGUUGGUGGAAGGGGAAGGCGAUGGGGAGGAGGGUCUGGUGGCGCCGGUGGGGGUGGCGUCCCCUGACAUCGCACCGCCAGCCAUUGAGGAGGAUGAGGCAGAGAGCGUCAUGGCCUCGGCUCAGGACCAGAGGGAGGAGGAGCUGCAGGUGUUCUGGUCGUACAUCGUGGGCAUGCUCACCAACCUGGACUCCCUCCCGCUGGAGCGCAUCCAUGCCAUGCUUAAGAUGUUCGUGCAGGGCUCGGUGGAGUGCAGCCCCCAGGAGCUGAGGGACUUCCUGGACCGCAAAGUCCGCCAACACCACCUCAUCUUCACUAACGGACUCUACAAGCUGCCCAAGAACUAAAGAUGAGUCAGUUGUACCCUUGUGGUUAAAGAAUUUCUGAGAAUCUCCCAAGCUAAGAGCAUGUGGCUCUGUCAGGGUUACAACAGCUGCCGUGAGCCGGGAUCAAACUGUGAUAUUCACACUUAGUGGUUGAUUGAGUAGUCCUUCAGGAGAGAGUAAGCUAACAUGUUUGAAAUUGGGAAAAAUUUGUAUCAUGAAGGUCCUUGUCAGUUUGUCCACUUGAAGUAACUGUGAUAACUGUUACUACGGAUGAUAAUGGCAGGUAGUGAACCCUUGUGUGACAACGGUCUUAUUGAGGGACAUUGACAGGGAUCAUCAUGCAAGUCUAGUGCCCGCUGUCUUGGGAACGCUGCACACCAGUAGAGUAUUUGCACCACUAAGGGACAGUGAACGGCUGCAUUGAUGCAUUCCAUAAAUAUUAUAAUCAAUGUCACACUCACCAAGAAUUUGUGUGUUGGAAAUAUUUGUUUUGGUAAGUGUUGAGUAAGUUAGUCCUCUGAGCCAUCUCUCCUUGAUUACUGUGGAAUGCAGAUAUGCAGCCAAAGGGGAUUUGUAUCUUAUUUUUGUACAAAUAUAUGUUAAUCCUUUAGAAUAUACGGUUAUUUGCUUUGUGAUA